AUGAAGACCAUGAAGAUCCCAGGACUGAUUCAUCUGACAGCCACCAUGGCCCUCUGUCUGCAGCCAGCUCGGUGUCUGGUAUGCUACAUGUGCCCAUCUCCAACUCCAUCUCUACUGUGUACCAAGACUAUGAAUUGUUCCGCUCCAGAGACCUGGUGCUUCUCCACUGUCUUUGGCUCUUCUGGCUACCCCUUCCGGGGAAACAGAUCGGUGAUUCGCGGCUGCUCUGAUUACUGCCAUGAGAGUGACAUCAAUAGCUUUGGCGUAACACAACCCACCUCCUGCUGCCAAAACGACCUGUGCAACAUCAACAGCAAAGGUCCCGCAAGCAUGAUCGCCGGCUGGCACACCACUAUGAUUGCCAUCCUCUCUGGCAUCUUCCUCCAGAUCUGGGGAUAA